CCUUCUAGCUGCAGCGGCCCCGCGCCCACUCUGCUUCUCGCAGCCUUUGUGGACCCGCAGCCAUGGCCGACAUCAAGACGGGCAUUUUCGCCAAGAACGUUCAGAAACGACUCAACCGCGCACAGGAAAAGGUUCUUCAGAAGCUUGGAAAAGCUGAUGAGACAAAAGAUGAACAGUUUGAAGAAUAUGUCCAGAACUUCAAACGUCAAGAGGCAGAGGGUACCAGACUUCAGCGAGAACUCCGAGGAUAUUUAGCAGCUAUCAAAGGCAUGCAAGAAGCCUCGAUGAAGCUCACCGAGUCGCUGCAUGAAGUCUAUGAGCCUGAUUGGUAUGGACGGGAAGAUGUGAAGAUGGUUGGAGAGAAAUGUGAUGUACUAUGGGAAGACUUCCAUCAAAAACUAGUGGAUGGGUCCCUGCUGACACUGGAUACCUAUCUGGGCCAAUUUCCUGACAUCAAGAAUCGCAUCGCAAAACGCAGCAGGAAGCUUGUUGACUAUGAUAGUGCCCGCCACCAUUUGGAGGCUUUACAGAGCUCCAAGAGGAAGGAUGAGAGUCGAAUCUCUAAGGCAGAAGAGGAAUUUCAAAAAGCACAGAAAGUGUUUGAAGAGUUUAAUGUUGACUUGCAAGAGGAGUUACCAUCUUUAUGGUCAAGACGAGUUGGAUUUUAUGUCAAUACUUUCAAAAAUGUCUCUAGCCUUGAGGCCAAGUUUCAUAAGGAAAUUGCUGUGCUUUGCCACAAACUGUAUGAAGUCAUGACGAAACUGGGUGACCAGCACGCUGACAAGGCCUUCACCAUUCAAGGUGCUCCCAGUGAUUCGGGUCCUCUCCGCAUUGCAAAGACGCCAUCGCCGCCCGAGGAGCCUUCACCCAUCCCAAGCCCUACAGCUAGUCCCAAUCAUACCCUGGCGCCUGCAUCUCCUGCACCAGCACGGCCUCGGUCACCUUCCCAGACAAGGAAAGGUCCUCCUGUCCCACCUCUGCCUAAAGUCACCCCGACAAAGGAACUACAGCAGGAGAACAUCAUCAGUUUCUUUGAGGACAACUUUGUUCCAGAAAUCAGCGUGACAACACCUUCCCAGAAUGAAGUCCCUGAGAUGAAGAAAGAGGAGACUUUGUUGGAUCUGGACUUUGACCCUUUCAAGCCUGAGGUAGCCUCUGCAGGUUCUGCUGGAGUGACCCACUCACCCAUGUCUCAGACAUUGCCCUGGGAUUUAUGGACGACAAGCACUGAUUUGGUACAGCCGGCUUCAGAUGGUUCAUUUAAUGGAUUCACUCAGCCCCAGGACACUUCAUUAUUCACGAUGCAGGCAGACCAGAAUAUGAUCUGUAACAUGGCUGAGUCUGAGCAGGCUCCACCAACAGAGCCUAAAGCAGAGGAGCCACUUGCUGCUGCAACACCUACUGUUGGGCUGGAUGAUCCUGGACUGGACACCCGGGCUGAGGAGCCAGUGGAGGGGGCAGUGAUCCUACCUGGAACUGAUGCUGAUGUGACUUCUGGAACAUUGGUGUCGGCAGCGGAAGGGACCCCAACAGAGGAAGCAGAGACAGAGAAGGAAGCAGCUCUUCCUACUGGGGAAGGAGCAGGUUCAGAGGAGCCCAAGACUGACACUGAAACCACAGAGGUCGCAGACAGUGACAGAUCGCAACCAGAAAAAGCAGAAGCGGCAGCACCUCAGGAGAAAGUCAUCCCUUCUGUCAUCAUAGAGCCUGCUUCCAGCAAUGAAGAGGAGGGAGAACAUGAAAUAAUUAUAGGUGCAGAGUCCAAGGAGGAGACUGAAAACUCAGCUCUUCCAGGCCCCACCAGUGAGAUGCCAGAGCUGGCCACUGAGCAGAAGGCCACUGAGGACUCCCAGCCUGCACCCUCCGCUCCGUCUGCAAGCCAGGCUUCUCCGGAAGUGCCUCCUGGCUUUCUCUACAAGGUGGAAGCAUUGCACGAUUUCGAGGCAGCAAAUUCUGAUGAACUUACCUUACAAAGGGGUGACGUGGUGCUGGUGAUCCCCUCGGAUUCAGAAGCUGACCAGGAUGCAGGCUGGCUGGUAGGAGUGAAGGAAUCAGACUGGCUCCAGUACAGAGAUCUUGCCACCUACAAAGGCCUCUUUCCGGAGAACUUCACCCAGCGCCUGGAUUAGGACCAAAAGUAUUAUAGAAAGAGCCUGGUUUUGAGGUUUUCAUUCUUCAUGAAAACCUGAAGAAUUUACUUUUUCUAUUACACUCUUACUGAUAUACAGACUGAUGCCAGAUAAAGCUUGGAAGGAUAUAUCAAUGGAGCAUGUGUUCAAAAAAGUAUAAGAAAGAAAAAAAGUGAAUGAAGGAGAAAGUCCUCACUGGCUCCCAUGUUAUUAAGAACAAGUUUAUUUAUGCUUUGUCCAAGCUGUGGAGACUCUUGUACUUGAUCCCCUCCCACCAAGUCUAAAGUAGCUUUCUCCAGACCAGAACCUUAACUUUUCUGCACCAAAUGUGUGGUAUUGAGUGGCUUCCCUGCAGAAGACGUGAUGAACUAUCCUGUAAUACAAGAUUAUUUUAUUCCCCAGUGCAGGUGUGAGCACAUGCACUCAUGUGCUCUCUCACUCUCUUUCAAGUUUACUGUGUUUGAAACUAUAUUGCUGCAAAAGUUUUCAGUGUUCUUUUCCAAUCUCUCU